AUGGGUCCGACGGGUCCGACGGGUCCGACGGGUCCGAUGGGUCCGAUGGGUCCCACGCCGCGGCACCCCGGGUUCGGCGGCGGCGGCCCGCACGCGCACGCGCACGCGCACGCGCCGCCGCCGCCGCACGCGCUGAACCAGAACCGCCCGCCGUCGAGCGUCGGCUUCGGCGGGUUCGACAGCGGAAACGGAGGAGGAGGUCCGACGUAUCGCACCCCGGGAAUGAUGGGACAGGGAAUCGGAUAUGAGGGACCGGGGACGGGAGGAGGCGCGCCGGGGUCGGGAUACGUCACGCCAAACGAUUUCGGUGCGCACCCCGCGCCCCCACCGCCGAGCGGACCGGGGACCGGGAUGGGGGCCGGACCGGAGAUGGGGAUGGGGAUGGGGAUGGGGAUGGGGACGGAGAUGGGGAUGCAGCCGCACCGACCAAACGGCGGCGGCUCCCGAACGAGCGCCGGCGCCGGCCCGUCCUACGACGUCGUGCACAUGACCGCUCGGAACGCGCGUCUGGAGGAAAAACUCUCGAAAGCGCUCGCGAAGAACCGCUCGAUGGCCAAGUACUACGACCAGCUCCUCGCGAAGACGCGCGACGCCGCGGAGAGGGAGCUGGAAGAGGUGAAACGCGAGGCGCAGCGCAUGUCCGUCGAGCUCGGAGCUGCGGGGAGCGUCCACGACCAACUCUCGAGGGAACGCGAGGAGCGGACCGUCGUGCAGCGCGAGCUCGCGGAGAUUCGCGCCAAGUACAACGCCGCGGAGAGUCGCAGGCGGGAGGAGUGCGAGGAGCUCGAGAACAAGCUCGCGGGAGCGAAGGAGAAGCUGAGCGCGAGAGACGCGGAGUGCUCGCACUUGAAGGCGCGUUCUAGUAUCACGCCGGUCCCCAUACGACCCCGUUCGCGUGGUGGACGCCGUUCCUUGAGGACUUUCUCUCCCGGCGUUUCUGUCUGCCCACCACCCCUCGCUUUCAACGAACGACGCUCGACCUCGACGCCUUUCAACUCCACCCCUGACGCCUUUCAACUCCACCCCGACGUCGCCUCGCGCGGAACCUCGACCCCGAAGGCGCAACUGGAAGGCGCGCGGUCCGCGGCGGCGGCGGGGGGCGCAGGGACCGCGGCGGCGAUGCAGCACGCGCACGCGUACGACCCGAACCACGCGGCGACGGCGUCGCAAAUGCAGCGACUGCUCGACCAGGCGAGGGAGGAGCGAAACAACGAGCGAGCGGCGGCGGUGCAGAGAGACGCGGAGAUGGCGCGGCAGCUGAACGACAUCAAAGAGCAGGCGUUGGAACGCAUCCGCGAGAGCACGAACGCGGCGAAGGAAGUCGCGGCGCUGAAAGAGCGGCUCCACGCCGCGCAGCACGAGCGGGACAUGUUGCGGGAUAAGAACGAAGAGCUGUUCGGGGACGAGAACGAGCGCAGGGAGCUGCGACGGCGGUUGGUCGCCGCGGAGAAGACGGCGGCGGCGGCGCGAGAAAAGGCGGACCGGUGCGACGUCACCGACGCGAAACUUCGAGCCGCGGAGGCGGAGAAAGGGACGCUCGCGGCCGAGCGCGCGGACGCGCACAAGCGCCUCCAGGAGAUGACCGAGCGGUUGCUUCAAGUCACCACGGAGAAGGACGUUCUCGUGCGGCACAGCGCGCAUCAAGUGCACGUCGAAGCGGAGCUCGCCAACGCGCGACGCGAGUUGGAACGUCUCCAACGCGGCCACCUCGCGACCAAGACGAGCAAAAGAGAAGAGACCGCGGAGUGGCGCGAAGCCGCGGACGGGUUAGGACGCGUGCUGCGGCACCACAUCUACGGCCACACGCGAUGGGAACGCGCGAUGGCGGACGAGGUGCACACCGCCGCGGAGGCGCACGCGAUGACGCAACGCGGCACGGUGCGACUCGUCGCGGAGGCGGAGGCGGAAGCCGCCGCGCUCGCGGGCGAAGCCAUCGAGGUCGUCCGAACGACGCGACGGCUCCUGGACGAGUACGGCGUCGAGUGCGGGCAGAUCAUCGCGGAGAUCGCCGCCGAGCACGAACGGCGCGCGGACGACCGCGUGAAGGUUGCGCUGGAGUUGUUACGCGAAGCGGAGGAAAAAUUGGAGGCGGCGGAUAAACGCGCGGAUCGCCACGCCGCGGAAGCUCGACGCGCGAGAUCUGCGGCGGAACGCGCGGGGUUGAUGCCGAACGCGCUGACGGAGUUGCGACGACGCGCGGACGCCGCGAGCGCGUCGUCGCCGUACGCGUAUCCGAAGACGACGACCCCGGAGCGCGGCGCGUCCGACGACGACGACGACGACGACGACGACGACGACGAAGAGAAGAAAAUGAAACCGUGGGGCCCCGCGGACGAAGCGCUCACGAAAAAGCUCCGCGUCGCGCAGUUCCAGCUCCUCGGCGCGGCGAUGAUGCGCAAGGCGACGAUGGAAGAGCGCGCGGAAGGCAACGAGCUCUUACAUCAGCAGCUUCUCCUCGCGCGACGCGAGGCUGCGGUCGCCGUCGCUGUCGCGGAGGGACACGAACGCGCGCUCGUCGCGAAGGGCUCGGACGUUCGGUGGGGUCUCCUCGCCGCGGCGGCGCUUCGCAGGGCGGACAAAGAGCGCAGAGGGAACAUGGAAGCCGUCGAGUACGCGCUCAACCAGAAGACGCUGCAGCUGCAGAUGGCGACGACGGAGAGGGAGCAGUUCCGCGAGGCGCUGGCGUCGCGCGACGCCGAGUUGCACCACGUCCGCGGCGUGCUCUCCGGGUUGAAAUCCGAACACGACGCGGCGCUGCGACGGUUACAAAACGAGCGCGGUCUGCGGAACGAGCUCAGCGACAUGGUCAAGCACGAGGGCGGGCGCGUCGACGCGGAAGUGUCCAUCGCGGAGGUGCAAGAGACGCUGAGCGAGCUCGCGGAGGCGACGUCCGUCGCCGCCGCCGUCGCGCGCGCCGCCGGCUUCGGCCUCGGAUCGGACGACGACGAAACCCUGCGCCGCGAUGAUACCCCCGAGGACGCGUCCGCGGCGAAAUCGCUCGCGGACGACCUUCAAGCGACGCGCGACGCGCUCCUGCUCAUGCGCGCGGAGGACGAGGACGCGGAGAGGGAUGAGCGCGCGGCGCGCGCGUCCAUGGGGGCGCUCGCGUUGAAGCCGUCGAGCGAAUUCGAGACGACGAUUCGAAACGUUCGACGACACGCGCUCGAGGUCAAAUCCGAGUGCCUCGCCGCGCUCGUGGACGGGCUCGAGCACCGCCGCGAGAUCGAAAAGCUGCGGUCAAUACUUCUCGACAGAGACGGGCAGCUCUCGCGCGUGAGAGGCGGCGUCGUCGCGACGAAGCUGCGCGGGGUGCUGGAGCAAGCGAAGACGCGCGCGGGCGCCGUCGAGGAGAAGAAGUCGUUGGCGGUGGGUCGCUGGGGCGCGGGGUUCGCGAAGAGCAAGGAAGACGCCGCGCGCGAGGCGCUCGAGCGCGAGAACUCGAGAUUGGUGGAGCGCGAAAACUCGCCGGCGUCGCCCAAGACGACGUCGAGGAGGCCCAGUCGCGGCGGCGACCGACCGGCGUCCGCGCGUUCGACCGGCGCCGGCGACGAAAACGGAAACGGUGGCGGCGGCGGCGGCAAGAGGAUGAGCCCGCCCGGAGGCGCGAGCUCGUACAGCCAGAUGAUGCGCGAACGCAGACGACGAAACAAGGAAGCCGCGGCCGCGGAGGCGAUUCGAGCGGACGCCGGCGGCGGUUGGGACGAUGGCCCCGCGACGGCGAUGACGAGCAAGCCGAAGCUCGCGCGGACGCCGCUCAAGUCGCGGACGCCGGGCAACCCGACGCGCGGCGGCGGCGGCGGCGGCGGGAGCGUUCGGUCGUCCACGAAGUCGCUGCGGAAGAAGUCGACGACCGCGCUGACGCGCGCGACGCAGCUGUGGUGA